UUGGGCAGCGUACGGUACGUCAUUUCCAGUGUUUGAUUGGUGACGUUAAUUUUCGAUCGACAGCUGAGACUUCGUUUGACUUUGCCUGCGGAAAGAUAACAUCUUAAAUAGACGACCCAGGUAUCAUCUAUACAGGAAGCAUUAAACAGACUCUGUACUCUUAGUACUUUUUGAAGGGCCUUAAGGAAGUAUAUCAGACAGAAACACCAUGACGCUGCAAUGGACCUUUGUGGCAGCCUUCCUGUAUUUGGAGGUUUUUGCCCUGAUACUCCUGAUGUUCCCAUUCAUCAAGCCAUACAUGUGGCAGAGAUUCUUUCAUUCUGGAAUAGUGAAGUCCAUCACAGCUUAUGCAUACAUCUAUUUCAAUGUUUUUCUCUUCGUCCUUGUCUUGCUUUUCCUUGAUUCUGUGAGAGAAGUGAGCAAGUACACAGAUGCCAAAGAAGAACUUGAUAUAGCUAUACCGAAUGCAGAGGCCAUCCUCAAUAUGAAGCUUUUUAGAGCACAGAGGAACUUUUAUGUGGCUGGAUUUGC